AUGGAGGCUGUGGGCAUCCUCCUUGAAAGGAACCCGGUGAACCGGAGAUUAGAAGAGGGAAUUGUCGGCAAUCAUUUUGCGUACUGCCUGAGCAGACUGGGAGCUUCAACGGAGACAUCGAAAAGAAGACGCCCGGAUCCAGGACAACUGUUCAACAACAGGAAGAGACAUCACCAAGACGUGGCUUAUGAGGAACAAAGGGAAUUUAAGGAAAGACGAUUGCAGUGGGAGGAGUCAGACGUGGAAUUGGGCAGAAAAGUUAACCAGCGGGUUGUCCUGUGA